CUUCCAUGCUGAGAUUUUAGCUAAAAAGGGUAAGACGAAAUUGGAAAUGAUCAAAACGAGGAAAGGAUGGAAUUGUCACCAGGGAUCCAUAUGAAACCAAGGGGGACCGAAUGAAACCGUCAUUCGAUCAAGAGUACCACCAUCCUGAUUGUUUUAUUUUCGAUCGUUACUACAACUCAACAUCAACUUCCUGAAAAUGCCUUUGACGCGUUCUUCACGUCGUCUUGCUGCCACGACCUUGACGAGCCACAAGUCUCCUACUCUUCAAUCAAAUCAGCUCGAAACAUCACCCAAAGAUCAACCAGAAAUCAAACGACCUAAUCCCCCCAAGAAACCAAAGUACAACCACCCAAUCACGCCUACAGAAACCUUACCCAAACCAUUAAGCAGUCAUCAAGAUACGACUCCCAGUAGUCCAUUCGAUUUAGAAGAUGCAAAAUCUCAUCUCAUCAAAGUCGAUCGACGAUUCAAGUUACUUUUUGAAAGUUUACCUUGCAAACCAUUCGAAUCAUCACAACUGAAUGCUAAACCUGAACCAUUUCAAAGUUUAUGUAAGAGUAUAUUAGGUCAACAAGUCAGUUGGUUAGCUGCUAGAUCUAUCACUCAUAAGUUUGUAAGACUUUUCUUUCCCGAGUUGCCCGAGAAGGCCGAUGACUUAGAUCCAUCGGACUCAUCCUUUCCGACACCAUCACAAGUAUCAACAUGUUCAAUGGAACGAUUAAGGAGUGCGGGCGCGAGUCAACGGAAAGCAGAGUAUCUCUUAGACCUCUCUAAUCGUUUCGUAAAUGGUCAAUUAUCAAGUGAAAAAUUAUUAGCCAUGAAUCCUGAUGAGAUCAUGGAAGAGUUAUGUGCUGUUAGAGGUAUCGGAAGAUGGACUGUAGAAAUGUUCUUAAUCUUUACAGUUAAACAUCCAAAUAUAUUACCAGUUUCUGAUUUAGGAAUCCAAAAAGGACUCUUACGAUGGUAUACAAAUACAAUUCCCAUCAUCUCACCUAAGAAAAAGUCAAAGUCAAAAACAAAUCUAAUUAAACCUGAUGAAGAAACUCAAGUUUUAGAAAACCAAUCUGAAAAGGUUUUAUGGAAUCAAUUCGAUCCUGCUCCACUUCCUCAAUCUUGUUCAUUAACGAUUUCUUCUAUGAAAACUCGUUUAUCUAAACCAAUCAAAUCUGGACUUUACCUUACACCCAAAGAAAUGGAAGAGUUAACAGAACCUUGGAAACCGUUUAGAUCAAUCGCAAUUUGGUAUCUUUGGUCUUUAACAGACGCUUCAGCUGCACCAUCCUAAUCCUCUUUCCUUUUUCUGAUCAAUACUCACUCUUUCUCUGAUGGUUCUAGUCGUCAACUAUAAUCUAUCAAUAUCAAAUCAUUCAUUCAUCUCUGUUGUGUAAUUUCUGUUGACCACUCCUUUUUUUGAUACCCCUUGUAAAGUUGUAUGUUGUCUCUGAAUAUAAGUGUUGGUUUUGAUUAGUGUAAAUUAUGUUUCAAUCAGUUCAACUGGAUGAGAACAAACAACGGACACCUUUCUUUGAGAUCAUUCUGCUCCACAUGAAUUGUUACGUUUCCAAUGGAAACUUCACUCAAAUUUAAACCCUCACUUGUCGUGCAAUAUGAAGCUUUAACACAUGUUAUAAGUUU